ACUGAAAUUGGAGGCUUUUAUCUGGGAUUAUGGUCAAAUUACGUCUUACUCCAAACAGAAAUUCUCUAAGAACAGUAGUGACGCCCUACCCAUCGGAAGUUGUACUCUCGCUAUCUCUCUCUUGGUUUGCUUAACCCUCCCCUCCUUUUCUCACCUUGCCAGAUUGAGCACACCUCUCUUUGAUUUUCCCAUAUGUUGAAAUUUAUCCGUUUGUUAGCGUGAAAAUUCGUCCCCGAUCGGUUCUUCCAUCUCUUGUCAGAAUAGUUCCGAUUCCAUCUGUUUCUUUCUGUUUGUUUGUUGCUUUCUGUGCUUCUCCCUUUCAUUUUAUGACUUGGGUUUUGGCUUGCCAUUUUAGCAUAUGAUGGUUUAAGCCAAUUUGGAACAAAGGAACUUGAGCAUUGCUCCCUUCUUCAUAAUCCCCACAAGAUGAUCUCGUGUUUUUAACAGAAUCUGACCAUCCCAAAUAGAGAUGGUGGGUGCCCUUCAGAUUGGCAUCCUAGCUGCUUGUCUGGUUGUCUUCGUUCCCAUGGGUAUGGCUGGUUGGCAUCUCAGCAGAAACAGGCUUCUCUUCUUCAGUUGUGCGCUCUUCAUUACCCUUGCCGUAAGUGUUCAUCUAACUCCCUACUUCCCGUCCGUUUCGGAUAUCGUAUCGUCGCUCUCUUUUGCUGUAGAGAGUAGAGAUUUUUGUGCUUCUUUUCUUAACGAGAUCGACUGGGAGCUUGGGAACGAGGAUGCCCAUGAUGGGCCUCUUGAAGUACCACACAAUUCGUCGAAUAAUUCUUCGAGUUGGUCUCCUUCGUGGGGAUGGUCCAGAUCGAAAUCUGUUGCCCGAUGCGGGUUUCUGAAAUUAGGUAGAUUGGAUGCAAUGGAACUCCUUAAUGGGUCGUGGAUUGUCGUUGCUGGCGAUUCGGAAGCUCGGUUGUUCGUCCUGUCAUUGCUGAUGGUGAUGUUGGAGUCCACUAGUGAGAUUGAAGGAGAUCUCUUUAAACGGCAUAGCGAUUAUCACUUGGUGAUUGAGGAUCACGGUGUGAAGGUAGAUUUCGUUUGGGCACCGUACGUGUCGAAUUUAACUAACGUGUUGAAGGAAUUUGAGAUCAGCCAUCAAUAUCCGGAUGUUUUGGUCAUGGGAUCUGGCUUGUGGCAUAUGUUACAUUACACAAAUUCUUCGGAUUAUGGUCUUUCACUGGAACUGUUUAGAAGGUUGUUGGAUUCUCUCUUGCCGCUUACGCCUGAAGUUGGAAGUGAUGGACCAAUUUCUGGGUCCGUCUCCGUGAAAUCACCUCAUAUGUUUUGGCUGGGUAUGCCGACAUUGAUCAAUUCCAUGUUGAACACACAGGAAAAGAGGGAAAAAAUGACAGAUAGGGUGUGUGAGGAUUAUAACAAAGAGGUUGGCCAAAGUAGGCUUUUAAAGCAAUCAGGAGGUCCACUUAUGCUGCUGGAUGUUGGAUCUGUGACACAUAAUUGUGGUCCAGGAUGUACAACCGACGGGAUGCACUAUAAUACAGCUAUUUAUGAAGCAGCUGCUCAAAUCAUGUUAAACGCAUUGAUAAUUCAAUCCCAACAAAGCAUAUGAAGAUUAUCGUCUCCAUUUUUCCUCUUUUGGAAGCAGCUGAAGGGCGAGCGACCUGUGCAGUUGGUGGUGAUGAAGAGGUUAAGAGGAACAGAUUCUGAAUAAGGUUUGGUGGCUGGUUAAUUGAAGAAGCAGCCUCUUCUAUUCUUUUCAAAGCAAUCAUUUUUUUUCCCAAUCAAUGUUAUCACAGGUAGUUUAUGAUGUAACUAAUCACCGUAUUGUAACCUAUGGUCACGCAAUGCAAUUCACUGUAAAGUGUAAGUCCAGCUGUACUUCAUGGGCAUUUUUUCCCCAAGGAAAUGCCUUAGUGUUCAAUGAUCAGAGAUGUAACCUUACAAGUGUCUAUACCCUGCAACUAGUGGUACUUGGAGAUCAUGACCACUUGCUUUAUUGCACCAACUAAAAAAUUUUACUGCCUGUUGAAUGUUA